AGCAACGCUUGGCUCUCUGGGAGUGGUGGCGGUUGAUUCAACAUGGCGACAGCAACAACCAAAAGUGGAAAUUCGGGGAUAUUUUGGAUGAACGGCGGUAUGCCUGCGUUUUCUGAAAUACACGAACGGCUUUGUCUGUAACAUUUUUGUUUGACAUACGCAGAGCCUCAUUAAAAUAGUCGAGAUAGUCGCUAAGCCAUUACCUCUGUGUGAGUGCCGAAAGUUGUUGUUUUCUGAGAAGUGAGGCAGAUGACUUUGCAUUAAGUUUUUGAGCUUCGUGAUAUAAAUGUCGGCUUAAGAAGCGUUUGAAUAUCUCCUUUUAAUUACUUAAACGUGGUCAAUUACAAACUUAAUCUCUCUCGGUAUGAUAUUUUGGUCAGCUAUGUUCGCAAUAAGAGCUUCCUGAUUCUCCUGAACUCAACCGAGUGUGCAGUUUAGAUUUUAUAACAUUUGUUAUUGAGCAAUCAUUUGUACAACAAAAUAUAACAGAAAGGCUAUGGUGGCAACUAUGUAGGAAAACUUGAAUAAUUUGAAUUAACAUACUAUACAGGAGAUGAACAACAACAGCAGCAGAGGUAGCAAAGAUCAGUGCAGACAGUAGCUCUGAAAUACAGCUCCCAAAAUGCAUCUGCAGAUGAUCUGAGAGAUAGAUUGCCAACAGUUUUGAUAGUGUGUGUGUGAGUGAGUGUGUGUGUGUGUGUGUGUGUGUGUGUGUGUGUGCGCGCGCGCGCGCGCGCGUGCGUGCUUAUGGGCCUGUCUUUUACACAUCACAGCGGCUGUAUGAGUUAGGAGGUUGUAUUUCUGCAUGCACACCACAGAUGAACUUUUUGCAGUCUGUGUGUGGGUCAACAAUGUGACGCCUAAAUAUUCUGUCUGGCUGUAUUUUUUUUAAAGUUAAAAAAGGUUUAAAUACACAGAAAUAUACGUUCUAUAUGUAGUUUCUCUCUCAUAUAUGUAGUCACUUCAACUUUUCAAAAAUCAGGUCUCAUUUGUAAUUUUUAUUAACUUCAAAGUGUCAAAAUAUCAUGUGGUGUGACCAAUAAUAACAUUAAUUGUAUUAAAUACAAACUAAGAUAUCUAAUUUCUGUAACUGAAACAUUAAUACCUGAUACAAUAUGCUUGAGUGAAAGGUAGUUUUAAAACAUUUUUAUCAGUAGGCCUAUUAUGCAAUUUAAAGAAAAAAUUAAUCAGUUAACUACAUUUAAUACAGUGACUGUGGCAUUACAGAGAGAAAAUGUGAGAUCAUUAUUUACAAAAACUCAAAUGAAGUGCAAACACUUUGUUUCUAUCUACUUGAUAUUACUGACAAUUUGUAAAAAACUAAUAAGUAUGUUGAAAAAAUGUAAUAAUUUUGAGAUAAAUUAUGGUCCCACCACAUGACAUUUUUUAAGGCCACGGGCAAUUCAUCUGUAUGAAAAACACUAAAAUUGCGGAAUUAAAAAAUUUAACAUUAACUCUGUAUACACAACAUCUAUCGUGUUUUAACUUUUGCUAAAUAUAUUCUUAUUUUUGCUAUUUUAAUAUUGGCAUGUUUAAAAACCUUAUACGUCAUUGACCCACAUUUAUCCUUUGCGAGUCCACAAACUGUUUGGACAUUCUUCCUUCAAUACUGUGACACCCCUUCCCUUCACUACCCCUCUUACUGUCUCCUAAAAUGAGCCUCAGUGCCCUUCGAGCAGUGUAGCUUUGGCUUGUAAUUCUGGUGGAGGAAUAGAGAUGAAAUGACCCAUACACAUGCAGUCAAGAGUGAUCCGUUUUCUCCUUCCCCCAUUUUGGAGGCAAAUAGGGGCACAGUGUUAAGAUAUCCACAACAUUUUGGUGCAGGCGUGGGUUCACACACUGCAGGGGUAAAAGCACAGAGUAGAGCGGAUGUUUGCUUGAGCUGUUAUAUUGUGUAUCUGGCUCAGUGGUGUUGUUGGGGUUAGAGGAAAAAUGUGUGGCGGUAUAGCAUGUAUACUUUAUGGCCUUUUUUUCUCUUUACAGUGAAUAAGGAAAAGCUACAACUUCUAUUCUUUUAUCAUAUUUCCUACAGAAGAAAUCUAAUACAGGUCAAAUUUGUAGAAACACUAGACGAGAGUUAACAAAUGUUUGUUGCAAUUGACAACACUUCUUUGUUUUCCCAACUCAGUGUCAGAUGAUGAGCAGCCUUUGGUGCUUGUUCCUGGUGAGUUUCAGCAACAUUGUGAUCAGAAUCUUUGAACACAGUUUGAGAUAAAUGUAUUGGCCUUCCUGUACAGAUGAAAUCUUCUGAUAGCUUUCCACUUAUUCAUUCAGGUGUGGAUGGAGAGAUGAAGAUGCAGACUUCCUUCAGUUUGGGCCGAGGCAUCACCAGUAGAACAGGUACCAAGAUGCCUGCCAGGCGUAAUUCUGACUGCAAGAAAGAGACCACGCUAAAGAAAGGAGGGAAGAAACAAGGUUUCGGAGAAAGUGAGCGCUCUGGGGCUUAUAUCAAGGAAAAGGUGUCUGUCCGUCAUCCGGCUACAGUGGUUACAGAGCACGCCCCCUUUCCAGCCACUGGUGCCUUUCCAUCAUCUUCACAGGUAAACUAUUGUUUUAUGGAUGCAGUUUUCUCUUCCCUCUGACAAAGUGCAAUGAGAAUAAAGAAGAGAGUGUAAUGAUUAUCUGAAUGUCUAAAAAGACAAACAAAAUGCAUUGAAGCUGAAAGAAUAUGAGUUUGACAUUUCUUACAUCCCAAUCUUACAUUGUUACAAUUUUUUUUUUGCACAGGUUGUCUCUGAGUCCAGUAAAACUAGGAAUCCGGUGUGUAUGAAAGACCUCUGCCCUGAAGAUAAGCGCCGGAUUGCACACCUUGUAGAAGAACUAGCCAGGUAUGACUACUGAAUAGUAGGAAAAAGAAAGUGUUGACUCUGUCAGAGAUGUAUAUUUGGAAUAAUUUGAAAUCAUGCAUCUUCUGAAUGUUUGAUUUUGUCCUCCUGUAGUUUUGAACCUCCAGUCCCAUAUAACAUGGAAUAUCUGUUCUUUUAUUCUGUUAUGUGUUUUCCAGAGUUAGCGGGGAGAGAGAAGAGUCAGUACAGCGUCUAAAAGAUGAACAAGAAACCUUUGAGUGCAAGAUCCAGCAGCUGGAGCAGCAGAAUUUAAUCAUAGCACAGGAGAGGGAGAGUAUCCUAUAACCAGUAACACAAUAACAAUAACAAUAACUAAACAGAAGAGCACAAAGAGGUUUGAGCUGUGUUGAUUGCUGCUUGUAAUGGUGUACUGCCCAAAUGAUUAUGGUGACUGCAAAAUAUUCAGUCUUAGAAGGAAAGGGGUUCUUUGAGUUUUCUGGGGUACUAUGGGUUUAUCAGUUUAGAAAAGUACAAGAAGUUUUUCUAACCGUUAUAUUUGCCUAGGAUAAAAACCUGCCUCCUGCUCUCUGCUGCACAUAGUCGCUAUUCCUCUAAGAUCUACUAUGAAGAAGCACAAAUUGUGCAUUGCAGACGAGAUUCCUUUGUCUUAUUUAUAUGCUAUUUAAUAAGAAAAUCAGCAGGGGGCAGUGUUGUCUCAUGAAAGACGAUGUACCGCUUUUGGCCAGGAGCCUUCAAUUUGAUACAAAAGACUGAGAAAUAGAGCAGAUUCAUUUAAAUUACUUGACGCCUGCCUCAGUUGUCUUUUGCAAGAGCUUGUAGCUUAUCCGCUGUUGUGUACAGAAUCAAUUUCAUGGUUGGAGCCAUGGCCUGAACAAUCCAAAUCAUCUUAUCAUCCAAGGAUGAAUUUGGAUUUUUGCUGUGAAAACUACAGCAUGUGCUUUCCUGAGCAUAUGUUUCUGUAACUCUCCUUGAGUGUUGUAAGUCUCCUCGCAGCUUCAUCCAAAAUAAGAUCACCGCUUGAUCAUCCAGAAUGAGCGUAAAAGCAAUGAAAUGCUGUUUACUAUUGCACCCUACAACCCACAUACCGUCUUCAUAACAAUUCUGCUCAGGUCAAGCCACAGUAUUGCCAGCAGUCAAUUUAGGUUAAAACACUGCGAAAUAUGAAGAGUAAUUGACCCGGCUGGUAAAUUGCACGAUUGGCAACGGCGGCGGGGAAAAUUAGGAAAGCACAACUCAAUUAAAGGCACUUUGGCUUGGAGACUUGGCAUUUACACCAAACUUCUAAACUCUAUUAAAAAGGUAUUUGAGUGGAAAAAGUGUUGGGAUCCAAGCACCUCAGGGGGGAUAACGUAGUCUUUUUAAAGUGCAUGCAGGAGUCAUAGAGGUUCCUCUCAGGCAGAAGGUUUCAGCACUCCACUGAAAGGUUAAGGAGACACCAAAGGCAAACACACUGAAUGAGGGUCUUGUCAAGUUUAAUUCCAUUACGCCUCAGCUUAUCUCAUCAAACCAAGAUUCAGAGUUGUCAGGGGUAUAAAGAAUGCUGGAAAAUACCACAGCCCCAAGCCAGUGAGGAUGAGAGGGAAACAGUACCCUUGAUAUUUUGGGUGUUCAGCUGACAUUUGAAACAGCAGGACUGAAUUUGUGUUUCAGAUAGGCAGGAUGCCUUUUGUACUUCAAGGCAUGUUGGCAUGGUCUGAAGUCAAGGUGGCGUUACUAACACGAUGCAGCGUUCUACUUGUUGUAUCCGGAUCAAGGCACAGCAGGUGCUGCAGCUAAUGCCAUUUAUUCAGUUGAAACAAUUGGAGGGAAUCCUGAGGCCAUGGAGAGAAGAGAAUAACAGCCCUGUUAGGAAAUGUCACUGAAAAAUGCUACAUGUAGUGAUGGGGGAUUGCCAGAGCUGAAUUCAUUUUUACCGUCCCUUAUUUUUGAUGGAUGAUAAUAACAGUGUGGAAAUCUGAUAUUAUCAAGGGUGGGUUUUUUGAUAAGCAUACGUCAGAAAAUGGUGUUUUGCUGAUCAAACUUUUUGUAUUCCUUGGUAUCAGCUCUCUAGUAUUGUUUUGUCUCUGUUUACUGGGCAUGUCUUCUUUUGAAUCUAUGAAUGAGUGAUGUGGUUGAAGCCUUGCGCUGCGUAAGGUGCAAUCUCUUUGUCAGAGUUUUCUUUACUCAACAUCUGUUUUCAGGCUGCUAGGAAAAAGGGUGAAAUGCUGUGGUUCUUGAUGGUUGAAUCAAAAAUGUUUUUGUGAAGCCUUCGUUUAGUAGAAUGCAAGAAAAUCUGCAUUCCUGGAAAAAAAAGGUUGUUAAAAAACAUAGAUACAUCUGUCACUUUUUAUUUGCAACGCUAAAGUUUAGCACGGUAAAUAAGUGUCAUUUUGUGGGCUGGUGAAUUGAUGCAGGGUUUCUAUAAUUGUUGACUAAAUCAGUUUAAAUGCUUAACUGAGUAUAACAAAAUCCAAAUGAGCCAAUUGUGUGCUUAAUGUGAAAUUAAUAAUGCAGAAUGUAUUGAAUCUUUACUGAAGAAUCCAAAUGUAAUCAAGCUGUCGUUGACAAAGCUAUACUUUGUGUUGUGAGGACUGGGCAGCUUAUGAAUCAUGUGCUUGUUCUUCGUAGGUCUGCUGCGGACAUAUUUCAGCCACAGAGGAUCAUGUGAAGAUGUGGUUUAUUCUGAUCUAGUAAGAAGCAAUGUGGCUUGACUUCCAAAACAGGUGUUAGACUUGAGCUGUGAUUGUAGCAUUGAGGGUGGCUGGGGAUUGUUGGUUUUCUCUAUGUUUGCUCUGAUGAUCUUAAGGGCAUUUUCCACGCAUUUAUUGACUGAUGUGGUGUUACUUAUUCAUUCAUUGUACGACUUGCUCUCAUUUUUCUUGUUCAGAUUCAGUAGUACUGAAGCAGUUAUGUAAACUGUCUUCUUCUAUUAAUUCCCUGUCACUGCUUCCUUACAUACACAUUCAUACACUUCAGUCUCCGCCCCAGUUUCUCUCACAUUUCUGCUCAGGCUCAAUCUGUUUGGCACAGUGAGCUAAAGCAGGCUUUAAAAUAUUCCCCCCUCCUGUGCAAAUUUGUUCCACCUUGAAGUGGAUUUCAUUAUUUCAUUUGAGCCGGGGCCUGACAGGGAAGUGAAUCAUUUUGACAGGCCCCGUCUGAAGCUUCUUCAGCCUAAAGCCCUUGAUUUUGAGAAUUUUUGGAGCAGGGGGGUGGAGUAAGUCAUUGUUGGCACUUUGCAGCUCUAAUGUAAACCAGGGGCUUUCUAAGUGCUUUGCCCCCUUAUUGGCUGACUUCCAAGGCUGUGGAGGGAGCAUGUUUAGUGUGGCGGCAGAGAGGUGGAAUCUUAUCAGUGUCGGCCCACUUGGUUCAGAUUACCUUUUGCAUGCUGUCCAAAGGCUUCAUCAGCCUGUCAACACAUUAACACACAUUACAUCCCUUUCUGCUAUUAGGAUGCCAUGAAGUAGCACUCUUGUUGGUACAGACUUCAUGAGCGAUCUGUUGUUCUCAAACAUUACUGCGACGUAUUCUAGUGCCAUACACUUUGUAUUGUCGUCUUUUAGAAAUUGUUUGUUUUAAACAUAAGAAAUGUGUAAAAAAAGUCUUUAAAGCAAAUCUGUAUUCAUUUUGACUCAAUACAAUUCUCUAUCUGAGGUGUAGCUCUAUAAAUAUAUUUAGUAUCUCCCCUUCAAGACUCUUAUUCAUACUGCAUAAAUAGACCCACCAGCACUAGUUUACAUGAUGUGAUGUCCUUGUGAUGUCCUUAAGCUUCCCAUAUAGAACUACUUCCAUAAACAUUAUCAGCGCAGCGAUAGGGGGGCCUUAGUUAGAUGAAAGGUUUCCUCACAAUUUCCCAGUGUUUACUGAAGCUGCUGCAUUGCAUUUGUCUGGUGUCUGGUCCUCAAUUCAAAGUCAUCCCGGCUUUCUUCUCUGUCCCUCUGUUUCAUUUCCACAAACUGAUUGAAGUCUUUCUACAACCAAAGUGUUUUCUUAUGGAGUGUUCCGCCAACUAUUCCUUCAAUAAGACUUCUCUUUGAACUUUGAUUUUCUUUCUAAAUGGAGGCUCUCUUUUUUUUUUUCAAACGAAUGCUGAGGAACUCAUCAGCUGGGGGAGCAGGGCCACCAUCAUAAAAAGAUAUGGCCUGGAGGAGGAACACACUUUAAGGUCAGCCUGGGCGGGAGUGUGUGUACUACCUCCUUCAUUGUAGGGUUUGUGUGAGAGCGUUUUAAGGAUCAGGUAGGGAGUGUGUUCCUCUCAUGUCUUGCUGUUUUUCUGUGUGCUCUCCAGAGUCAGACUGAGGUUGAUUAUUGAGGGUGUGCUAGUGUGUGCAGUCUCUCCAUCCUCAUGCUCAUUAUCUUUGUAUGUGUCGGUGUGGUGUGGGGCUGCUACUGUCAUUAGUUGGCUCCUGAGGCGCAGCAGUCGUUCCGCUCCAGAUUAGUUUUGUCGUGUCUGCCAGCUCUCUGUCUGGCAGAUAGCCUGGCACGGCACUGCCCAGCUCAGCUCGACACAGCUUGGCCCGCCCCAGAUGGUGAAAGCUCUGUGCCACAACAACAACUUUGAUUUUGCUGGCCUCCUCUCCAACUCUGUUUUCAACUUUGCUGUUCUCUCUACUUUUUUUGGUCCAGUGUGUAAUUGAUUGCAGAAACAAGGCUUUAAACUCAGAUUGUCACUCUAAAUCUGUCAGUCUUGCUCUGUCUAAGUUGCAUAAGCCAACCUUUUCCCUGCUGAAACUGCUGAUGUGCACUGAGUAACUUUUUCGCCGAAGUCACUGUGGGAAAUCAUGUUGUCAUAACUUUAUUCUCAGAGUUUCAUUUUUUACUUUGUGAAACCUUUUUCCUUCAAAAUGUCAAGCAAAAUAUUGAAACCUGCAUCUGCUUCAGCCAAGUACCAUCAUGAGGCCCACUGUCUUUUAUUUAUUUAACCUUUAUUUAGCCAUUAGAAUCACAUUGAGACGAGUCUCUUUUGCAAGUGCGAAGUCUACUUUUUCUCAGCUGGACUUGUAAUGUUUUAGACUAGUUUAAUUUUGUUUUGUACUAUUUGUUUGAUAUUGUUAGCUCCUUAACCCUUGGUCAUCCAGGCCUCCAGCAGCAGUACAAAGAAUGCCAGGAGUUGCUUGGACUCUACCAACAGUACCUCACUCAGCAACAGGCUAAACUUAACCAGUCCAUUGCCCAGCUGAGCCAGGCUCCAGCACACAGCAAGGUAAGGUUGAGGUAAUAGAAAGGGUAUGUAACGGGCUGUGAAUAUAUGCGUUAUAGAAAGUGUUAACAUGAUUUACCUGCUCCUCUGUGAGCUGCACCAAGAGAACACCCUGUUUGCCCUCUGUCAGGUACAGAAACACUCUGCACAUUGUCCAGCAUAUUAUAACAUUUCAAACAAAUAAUUUAUGCAAUCCACUCAAGUCGCUGGUUCAAUAUAAAUACAACGUAUUGAAAACUCUCACAAGGUGACCCUACAGAAGCAAACACACCUCUCUGGCUUCUGCCUCUGAGAGAAAAGAUGACUUGGCCGAACCUCUUUGUCCCUCGAUGGCUCUGAAUAAUGUGUGUUUGCUUGCUCCCUGACCCUGAGCAAAUUAGUCACAGCCUCUUCUCCAGUCAACUAUUAGAUGAGCUCUCCUCCGUAUGUUUAUCUCAUAAUGUUCCUGACCUUGGCUUACCUGCCAGUUAUUCUCUGUUGAAAACUGUCCUCUGAAUCCUGAGCAGUUUAUAGUUUUGAGCAAUGAUUUGCAUUCGUGCUCCUUUAGGCCCAGUCGAUCCUGACACCGUGUCUAAACAAGCUGUUUAGUGGAAGCCGCAGACCUGCAGCAGCAGCUGUGGUCUGAGUGCUUAGUCAGGGUCCAUGGGUGCAGCUCAAAAAAUAAGAAUAUUAUAAUAAAGUUUAAUAUUUCCAUCAGUUGUUUAAAAAAAAAAAUUAAAUGUGAUAUAUCUUGGACUCAUCACAUUUACACUUAAAUGUUUCAAGUAUUUUUUUUAGUUUCGAUUUUUACAAUUAUGGCAUUCAACCCCCCCAAAGAAAUCUCAUAAAAUGGGCGGCAGUAGCUCAGGAGGUAGAGCGGUCGUCCAGUAACCAGACGGUUGGCGGUUUGAUUCCUGCUUAUCCUGAGUCUAUCCAUUGUGUCCUUGGGCAAGACACUUAACCCACCUUGCUCCCAGUGUGUGUCCUCCACUGGUGUAUGAUUGUGAGUGUUGUGUGGUGGUGGUCAAUGAGGCCAUGGUCGCAAACCAGCAGCCACGUUUCCGUUAGUCUGCCCCAGGGCAGCUGUGACUACUAAGGUAGUUUACCACCACUAAGGUGUGACUGUGUGAGCGAAUGAAUGACAUAUCCAAUGUAAAGCGCUUUGAGGGUCUCUGAUAAAGCCCUAUAUGAAAUCUGAUGCAUUAUUAUUAUUUUUAUUAUUUAUAAAAUUAGAACAUUUUAUGUGUAGUUUAAGUUUAUUACUAUUCAAACAGAGCAAAUGCUGUGUAUUCUGAAUAGUUCAUAAUAUGCAACCACAAUAAUGAGAAGGACUGCUGCCCUGAAGGUGAUCAUCAACACCCCCUACAAGGAAGGUCAGCUACAGAAGGCCAGUGCUGAAAAGGCUGGCUGUUUCUAGAGUUCUGUAUCAAAACAUACUCAUGGAAAGUUGCCUUCAAAGGAAAUGUCUGACAGGAAAAGGUGCACGAGCAACAGAGAUGACUGCUGCCUUGACGAGUAUCGGGAAAGAUAUUCAAGUAAUUCACGAGACGUGGACUCAGGUGUCAGUACAUUAAGUGCUGCUAUGCACAGGCAUCUUCAGGAACUUGACUAUGACUGUCACAUCCUGCGACGAUGAACCACAGAUAAUGGCAGAAGGAUAAAAUGGACUGGACUUGUUGGACUUCUAUCUUGUUUGAAAAUCAAGGUCCCGGAGUCUCCUCAGAAUCUCCUACAAUCAGGAUCCGAAGUGGACUGGCACAGAAUCUGAGAUAUUUGAAGUUUGGUGUGAAUUUUCUACAGUUUGAUGAUCUGUUUUAUUUGGCUGAAAUUCACCACAGCUGACCACCAGGAGAUUUCAGGGCACGUCAUGCUUCGAUUUACUGAUAAGCUUUGAAUUAAUGAAUAGAUUUAAAACAAAAGGGCUUGAAAUAUUUUCCUUAACAUCCAAUGAAUUAUUCAUUUAUAAAAAUUUACCAUUGUGAAAAAUUACAAAAAAGUCAAAAGUUACUUCUCCACCAUAUUCUCAUUUAUUGAGUUGCACCUGGAUUAAUGUGUGUCAUUUGUACAUCAUUCAGAGCCCAAAUUGCAAUAACUGAGGGUACAUACAAGAAUGGAAGUAUAAAGGCAUAAGGACUGCAAUAUUCAUCAGGUCAAGGUACCGGCAAAGAGUGCAGGUUAUAUGUGGGCAGCCGUGGAACAGCUCCUGAGAGCGCAUUAGGAAAGCUUUUAAUGCAGAUUGCAACACGAGCAAAUUAAGCUGGUUAGCGACUCCUAUUUCUGUGCUGGUAGGUUUCCAUCUGUAGCACAGUUCUACUUCAGGGUAUUGUGGAGCAGUUGAACGUUUUUGGCUGAAACCCUCUAUCAAUUUUUCAGAAGCUUCCUAAAUUGGCCAAAAUGUAUUCAUUGUACUCUUUGUUCUGUGUCCAGGUUCUCAGCAGUGAGGAAGCCCCCAGCAGAGCUAAUGGCUCACUCUUUGAUGGCUCAUACCUUAGCUUUACUGCCGCUCGAGCACAACAGCCUGAAGUGUCCAGGAGUAGUUGUGGAGGAAAGGUGGCAUUACAAAUGUCGAGCAAUGCUGACUCUGUUCCCAGUGUAAGUGAAUAUAGUCCAACUGAUGGGCUGAUCAAACGCCAAAGAAGUCAGAGAAGUCAGAGAAGGCAGUGCAGGGAGUCACACCUUAAAUGUGAGCAUUGCCAAGACAGUGGCUAUGGAACACAGCGGCGGAGAAAUGAAAAUGGCUCCCAUGUGGGAAAUAAAGAACACCACACCUUCAGCCAAAAGGAGAGCCAAAGGUAUAGUGCAUAAAAUAUUUAUCCUCUAUAGUUAUCACCAUGGCAACAUUACUGUCUUUUAGUUUUUAAGUAAUUUGAACUUUUCAUCAAGCAACAAUUGCUAUACUUUUAACAAAUAAAAGGCUUACUGACACGUCUCCGCAGUGGGAAUGGCACUGGUUCAGAGGCCAAAGAGUCCACGCCUGAGGUGAGUCAGGAGGACUGGGAGGAAAAGAGACACCAGCUGCUGCUGCAGAAGAUGCAGUUGGAGAUGGAGAGAGAAAGGCUGCAGGCACGGCUGGCUGAGCAGGAAGAGAGACUCCGCAGACAGAAUCAGCAGCUCCACCAGUCGCGCCUUGAUUACAGCAGGUAGAAAGAGGAGACGCCUAAAAGAAAUGAACCACAUCUUGUUAAUUUGCGUGAUACAUUUGGGCCAUAAAGUGUUAUUACUUUAAACAGUGAGUCACCAGUUCAGUCACUUAUCCUGUGUCCUCGUCGCUGUUAAUGUUUUUUCUUUGCAGACUAGAGAACUUCUAUUUUCUUUUCUUGUAUCCUCUCAAGGUUUCAACUAGCUACCAAGACAGACAGAGACCCACAACCAACAGGCCCCUCCCAUUCACCUUCCAGGUAAACUUAGUAGACUAGUAGAAAUAAGUAUUGGCACCUGAUUCACCAAAAGGUUAGUUUUUGUGCCUGUUAUACCUGUGCAAAAAAGAUACCAUCCAUAUGUACACUCACCGGCCACUUUAUUAGGUACACCUGUCCAACUGCUCGUUAACACUUAAUUUCUAAUCAGCCAAUCACAUGGCGGCAACUUAGUGCAUUUAGGCAUGUAGACAUGGUCAAGACAAUCUCCUGCAGUUCAAACCGAGCAUCAGUAUGGGGAAGAAAGGUGAUUUGAGUGACUUUGAACGUGGCAUGGUUGUUGGUGCCAGAAGGGCUGGUCUGAGUAUUUCAGAAACUGCUGAUCUACUGGGAUUUUCACGCACAACCAUCUCUAGGGUUUACAGAGAAUGGUCCGAAAAAGAAAAAAUAUCCAGUGAGCGGCAGUUCUGUGGGCGGAAAUGCCUUGUUGAUGCCAGAGGUCAGAGGAGAAUGGCCAGACUGGUUCGAGCUGAUAGAAAGGCAACAGUGACUCAAAUAACCACCCGUUACAACCAAGGUAGGCAGAAGAGCAUCUCUGAACGCACAGUACGUCGAGCUUUGAGGCAGAUGGGCUACAGCAGCAGAAGACCACGCCGGGUGCCACUCCUUUCAGCUAAGAACAGGAAACUGAGGCUACAAUUUGCACAAGCUCAUCGAAAUUGGACAAUAGAAGAUUGGAAAAACGUUGCCUGGUCUGAUGAGUCUCGAUUUCUGCUGCGACAUUCGGAUGGUAGGGUCAGAAUUUGGCGUCAACAACAUGAAAGCAUGGAUCCAUCCUGCCUUGUAUCAACGGUUCAGGCUGGUGGUGGUGGUGUCAUGGUGUGGGGAAUAUUUUCUUGGCACUCUUUGGGCCCCUUGGUACCAAUUGAGCAUCAUUGCAACGCCACAGCCUACCUGAGUAUUGUUGCAGACCAUGUCCAUCCCUUUAUGACCACAAUGUACCCAACUUCUGAUGGCUACUUUCAGCAGGAUAAUGCGCCAUGUCAUAAAGCUGGAAUCAUCUCAGACUGGUUUCUUGAACAUGACAAUGAGUUCACUGUACUCAAAUGGCCUCCACAGUCACCAGAUCUCAAUCCAAUAGAGCAUCUUUGGGAUGUGGUGGAACGGGAGAUUCACAUCAUGGAUGUGCAGCUGACAAAUCUGCGGCAACUGUGUGAUGCCAUCAUGUCAAUAUGGACCAAGCUCUCUGAGGAAUGCUUCCAGCACCUUGUUGAAUCUAUGCCACGAAGAAUUGAGGCAGUUCUGAAGGCAAAAGGGGGUCCAACCCGUUACUAGCAUGGUGUACCUAAUAGCAGCCGCCACUGAUAUAUAUAUACAGUAUAUUUACACCAAACUGUGCUGGAGAGCAAAUGAUAUUGCCAUGCACUUGUCUUGUUUUCAUACAUUUAAAACAGCCAUUAUGGAUUCAUUUGGAGCAGAAUUUGUCACAUUUAAUGCAAAUGAGCUCCAGUGCAAAAAACACAAGCACUAACUGCCAUGUGCAGUUAGAAUGAUGCUUUUACUGUCUGCUGAGAGUUGGUGGAAACAGUGCCACAGUAUUUAAAAGGUUGAAUCAUGCUCAAACUCUUCAGUGGUCAUGACAGUAAGUCUACCUCUGGGUGACCUAAAAAUAAUAUACCUCUACAUACCUGAACAUUUUCAGCCCCAUGAAGAUAAGAGUGCAAAAAGAAGCCGUGAGCAGAAGUGCUAAUGGCUAAUCCCCUCAAUCAUAAGCAAAAAAAAACCAGGAAACUGCUCAUUUUUGUGAGUGUUUUUGUGCUCGAACAUCAUUACUGCAGUAUGCUUUUUGGAUUGGACUUUGAGACAAGGCAGGUUGCAGAGACAAUUGAUGCAAAAUUCUUGGGGCUGUUCAGGACUGCAGCCCAUUCUUUGUGAACCCCCCUCAAAGUGAUACACAACAUCUCUCUCUCCCACAUGUGAAAGUGAAUUUAACAUAUUAAUUGCCAUUUGUACCACAGGUGAUCGUACAAUUAAAUAAACUAAAAUAACCGUGAGCAGCAUUUACUUUUUAGAUUCUGGCUCAGCUGGUCUGAGCACAGAUAUGAACUAUUAGACUAUUUAUAGGAAUACUUUUUUAUUUAUUGUUAUUUUUUAUUUGACAAAGUACAGUACAGUGGUAUUUUUAUAUUGUCUUUCCCAAGUUGUUUGUUUUUAUAUUGAAUUUGUGUAUGAAUUUGUGUAUGGCUGUCUUAUGUGUAUGUCUUUCUCAACUCACUGCAAAUAAAUUUCCUCACGAGGCCAAUAAAUUCAACCUAACCUAACCUAACCUAACCUAAAUAUUAUGUCUGUGGUCUACAGCAUGAGUGAAGACCCAGAAGUACAUACAGGACGACAGAGCUUGCAUGAAAACCCUUUACAGACUCAGGCUAAUGGCAACGGUAAGGUGUGAUUUCAUAUUGUUCUUCUAAAUGAUUUUAUGUUCUGUCGUCUGCAUGAAAAUAAAAAACUUAGCUCUGUUGUUUUAGAUUGUUUUGCCAGAGUUUCUAUCAGUGCUGCUGCUUUUAAUUCUAUCAUAAAAAUUCUCUCUUGUAUUUCUCAAUAGGAGCUUUACAGCAGUCCAAAAAAGACAUGGCCACAUCUCCUGUUAUGUCUCCCAUGAGCUUGAGAAAACCCACCUCGGUAUCUGCAACCCAAAGCACCCCUGAAGCCAGGUAACACACCUACAUAACCAAUCACUAUGGCGUUGAACAAAGGUUAAUCUCUUGCUCAUUUAGUUUUUCAGAAGAAAUAAAACAUUGUUUCCUCAUACUUUGGGUAACCAGUAAGACAUCAAACAGAGAAGUUUAAGCUAUCUUUGCAAGAUUAGUUCCCAGGAGAACAGCCUGUGAGCCUGGCAAAAGAAAAGAUUGCUCAUUGAACAAUGAAAAACAGCACAGUUAAGCACUUGAGCAAUGUUGUUUCCAAAGGGGACAAAUCUUUUAUCUGCGCUGGUUUGAAAUUCUAAGUAGGGCUUUCUUCAUGACUCACUAGGAGUUUCUCACUGCAGGAAAUCUCGAAGAAAACUUCUGUGCGCAGGCUACUCCUACCUGUGUGCACCGCUGAGAUUUUUUGUGGGCUGACACUGAUAUUGAAACACAUGAAUAUAAAAGAAAUACAGUUUAAUUCUAUUCAAAUUAUGGAACUCAUACAAGGCUUGUAGUUUCGGCACUACGAGCGGCUAAAUUAUGUCCUUUCUUUGUGCAGCUAACUUUUUGAGCUGUAAGGAGCUAAAUGAAGCUUUUUUACUGGGCUAGCUAGCUUUGUGGCCAGCCUGUCAGGAGACACGCUGCGUUCCAUUAGUCGGCCUAGCAGGGACCCUGCAGCAGGUGUAAUUGAACAGACUUCUGGAUGCACACUCUGCCCUCCCUUUUCUCUCUCUCUCUCUCUCGCUGCCACAGUAAUGAGACAGAGAAAGCGGGAGCGAGGGAGAGAUGUUAAAAGUGUGUUUGGGAUUGAGUGAGGGGUGAAAGAAUCGGAUAAAGUGAGAAAUGGGAAGUGAGGAAAGUUAGAACAGGUUGAGAUGGAUGGAAAUGGAAAUAGUGAGGAAGACGUAAGAACGGAGAGAGAUUUUGAGGACAGGGAUGAAUCACUGAGUGUGAGCAUCAGACUUUCCUAAAAAAGGAAAGGACAUUCAUUACCUUUUUUUUCCUAUCCUUAUACAGAAUGGUAAUUAACCUGACUGUGUGACGUCUUACUCUUUGCGGGCUGUGUGUGUGCAGGUGUGCAUACAUCAGACUCUGUGGAAGAACUUUGUCUGCAGAACUUCAAAAAAUUGUGGAUCUUGAAAAGCUAUUUGUUGUUCUGUUGCUGCAGAUUGAUACAAGGUCCCCCUAUUAUCUCCUUCUUAUUCUCUGACUUUUUAGCGUUUUAUUAUUAUUUUUUAAACAUACAUACUAUCUUGAUGCCUAUUGUGAAAGCAGCGGUCAAUAGGAGCUGUUGUUUAUAGAAGACGGCUUUUUCUUCCCCAUCCCUACAAAUAAAAUGAACAAUGAAGCAGCUCAAGGUUUACAGCUUCAGAUUCAACUCUUACACGCUUGCGCUUGGAUCAAGUUGAACCGUGAGUUCCUGCAGUUGCCCAUUAAUUCCAGCAGUUGGACUCCAGGUAUCAAAUCUUAUUACCUUAUCAUUUAUAUCCCCAAAGUCUGUUAGAAUAGUUUGACUCUUUCCUUCACAGAGGGACUUUUUUUUACUGCUAGUAAUAAAGAAAUCUGCCUCUGCGAUCACUUUUUUGCUUCUCUUGUUAUAUAUCAUUUUCACAUGUGCAUGCUCAGAUUAAUUGUUUCAGGGCUGGAACAUUUCCUCAGAUAACUUGAUUCACCUUGAGCCUUUGUUUACGUCCAGACAAUACAGCGCACUGUUUUUUUAUAUGAAUUUCUGGACAUGGAAAAACUCAGACAUAAGCUCUAGAUAACCUGCAUUUACUAGAAAUAAUACACAAAAAUACCAUAACAGUAAAUUGGAUACAAGUCUUUAACUUACUUGAAUUACUUCUGUGAUCUUGUACUUAAAGACAGGGUAUCAGUGCGUAUCUGCUUACAAAGGGGAGGAUAAAAGAACUGUUCGAUCAUUUCACUGUAGGUUUUUGUUUGUUGUUAUUAUACAUAUGUAUUGCUGUGGGUGAUGAAGAAAUGAUGUUUUUUUUAAAUUUCUGUUUCAAUGUUUUAAUCCAUCUAGCGUACCAGCAUGAACAGCAGAGUCUUCUUGGUCACCCAGUGUGGUGUAAUUUUCUACUAGACAUCAUCCUGAUCAGCUUAUCAGAGACUAAUGCCAAUCUGUGUCGUGCAUGCACGCUGUGGUUUCCCAUGGGCAUAGAUCUCUGGCUGACAAAUCUCCUCCUACCAGUUUACAAUCACCUGUUUCACCACUUUAGUGGGGCAGAAGUUGAAGUUUGUUUUCUCCUAAUCGUCAAAGAUCGAAGGAGAAGUGUUCUUCUGCAGCUUUAGUUGAGUAAACUAACCUGUUAGCAUCUGAGUCCCAGUGUUUUCUCUGUGCUGCUAUGCAGGGGCUUCUUCAGAAUUUUUGGUUCUAGUGGUGCAACUAGAUCACUGCCAUAGAUAGAAGUUGCCUGGGUAUGUUAGCAUACCUGCAUAUUUUUUCUUUCAAUUUUGCAUUUAUUAGAUAAGAUGGCAGAGGUGAGAUGUGGGGAGCAAAGACCGGGGAAAGACAUGCAGCAAAGCAACAGAUGGGACAAGAACUGCAGCCUCUGUAUAUUGGGUGCACUAAGACUGCCAGGUCAUUGGUGCUCCUCGUACCUACAAAUUGUUUCCAUCUAUCCUGUCUGUCUUCACUAUCCACCUUCACAAUUAGAAUUAAGUUGUCAUAGAGAUAUAAUGGUAACACUAUCUCUAUUACACAUUAUAAAUAUAUUUAUAAUGUGUUACAAUCACAUUAUAGCACUUUAUAACUUUAGUUUUAAACACACAUAAAUGAUCAUAAUUCUUUAUAGCAAUAAGCGUAGCACAUUAUAAAGCAUUUUAUCAUGACUUACAAGGUCAGGUAUUAUAAUGUGUUAUAACUGUUAACAACUCACUGACAAUGCCCACAAAGAUAAUUUGAUGCAACUGUUAUCAAUAUUUAUAACUAUAAUUAUACAGUGCUAUAACGUGAUUAUAACCCAUUAUAUUUAUAAUGUGUUAAAGAGAUAGGUGUCAAGUUAAGUGUUACCAAUAUUAUUUUCCUGUGUUGUAAAUACAAAAUUGUAUUUAUUUGGUCUUUUUAAUUGGACAAGAUAAGAUAAUUCCGUAUUUGUUCCACAACAGAGAAAUUUACAUGGUUAUAGCAGUUAAAGCUAAAAUCCAUUUUAUGAAAAAAAGUAGCUGAGUGAGUAAUAAUUUGUAUUGAGUUAUGAAAUUUAUUCCCAGAAUAAUCAAAAGUAUACUUGGUGACCAAAAUAGUGGAUUACUGCAGCCUUGGUUUAUGUCUUUACAAUUCACCCUUAUCCAUCCAAUAAUGGAUCUCCAUGAAGAAAAUGGGAAAAGAUGAACUGGGAAAUGGUAGUCAAGGAGAUAAGAAUAAUGCUGCAUGUGUUGGGGUUAAGCUUAAUUUGGGUCAGUUUACUCAUACACUUGGAGUUUAACUACUUGAUCAUGGUUUGUAUUUUUUGACACAUUAAUUUUACUUGUGUUUUUUCAUCACUGCUUCAGUUAACUACAUCAGUAAAGUUAAUGUGUUUUAGAGUAACCAAACAAACACUUACCUGCUAAUACAAAAACACUUUUGUUUUCAGCGUGAGAGCAGGAUCAAGCAAGGAAACGUUCUUUGAUGAAUCAAAGUCGACUAUUAAUGAGAGUGAACGUGUUACCUGAACGCCUCCGUUUUACCUGGCAACAACAUCCCUUUUUGUGACCGUCUAAUCUUAACCAAUUCAAUCCUGAUGUGCAAAUUGCAAAACGAAGCCGGGGUUAACGUUAAGUGACCUUCUUAAUCCUUUCAUGAAUCCUCGGCUAGUUAGUAAUGAGACAGUUCCAGCGCACCCCGCCCAUCUCAUCUCCAUCCUUCCUGCUAUUGCCCGCCUGCUAUUGAUUGGUUGGGAAAUUGACAUGCAGGAUAUAUGCAGCGGCCAUUAUAGGUUUUUUAUCUUACUGUUUGGACUGCAAAUGAAAAGGGGCGCCGGGGCGAGACGGCUAUCUUUAAUGAAAGAGAGGAGCCAAAUAAGCAGUGAAAGUUACGAGUGGGAAGAAGGCAAUGGGGAGCAGAGGCAGAGGGGUUUUGUGGAAAUUUUAUCUGGCCUUACAGAGCGAGAAUUGGUGCACAGGGAAAAUGAAGCCCAAAGGUUUUUAUUACACUGAGAAAGUACAGUUCUAUAUGUGCUCAAAGGACUUAGAAAGUAUUUGGAGGCAAGGAGCUUAACCACCACAGGACCUCUUUCAUUCUUCCAUUCAGGCUCAAAGAAACAGAGAGUUCUUUAAUUCCUGGAAGAGUCUGUGUAACAUUGAUAAUAUCCUGUUGGAAUCAACUCUCUGCAGUACAUUGCGCUCUGCACGAAGGCAAGUUUUUGUUCUUCCAUUGAACACAGAAGAUCGGAGUAUUUAAUAGAACUUGGACGUUGGCAGUGCAGUGUAUCUAGCUGCUGUCAGAGUGACCCAACAUCCCAGGCCAAAGGUUUCUCAUUCUCUACAAUGACAGAAACUUGCAUUCCUGCUACUGUUGUCCACGCUUUUUUCUGUGUGCAUGUUUCAGUGAAAUAGAUUUGCUGGGGCCCCCUCAGGGGAUAUUAAUAUUGAGCAGCAAUUCACAGCUUCACCUCACACAAACUGGAGCCAAGAAAUGAAGUUCUUCGUUGCACUUUAUACCCCUCUGAAAAUCUAUUGGCAUUCUCUCUGGCCCUCAUGCAAUCUCUGUGCCACCUCCUCCUCCCACUCACCCUCCACCGUUCCCCCCACAUUUCUGCCCAAACUGUACCCCUACCCCCUGCGCUCCCCUUGUUAUAGAUUGUGACCGCUGGUAAGUGAUGCAUUAUUCAUUACCAACAUGUCGUUUGUUGAUGGAUGGCUGUUUGAGAGGCCUGUCCGUUAAAUAAAUCAACAAAUAAAAAUGCAAAUUCUCACAUUUCGAGAGACGGAACCCAGCCAAAGUCCCUCCCCCACAUUCCCUUUCUGUCUUCGUCUCCAUCCACAAAGCUGCACUUGCUCCCAGUCUCCCCCUCACACACACACACACACACACACACACAUACACACAAAGUCGCUCAGUGCUCUCUCUUCCCUUCGCUGCUGACAGGCAGGAGACCAAAUGAGGAAGACAGAUUUACUUACUUCAGCUUCACUUUCUUUUUUCCUUUGGUUAUCAUCCUUUUGUCGACUUAACCCUCAUUCACUCCUCCCCUCGUACACUCAAACAUUAUUUCAUUCUAUCAAAGUAAAACAGAGUCAUGUUUAAAACUUUUCAGCCACUGAUCUAUGCUGCUUUCGGUUUAUGUGAAAACAUGACAUAUCAAGGUCUACAGCUACGUGUGGAGCAGCUCAGACUUGCCCUGAUUGGGAGUUCCUCACUGCGUCUGUCCACUAACCACCCACAUGCAUAUCAACAAGUACACACCAAAGAUCACCCUUACCUGAGAGAGCUGUGUGCUGCCGAGCUGUGCGAUGCAAAUCGAUGCAGCUUUAAACGAGCAGAGAAUUAUGUUAGCAACAUCAGUGGAGCGUGCUUUAAAGAAUUCAUGUUUUGUAUCUGGAAUGGCCGUCGUUCGACUGUGUAUACACUGAAUAAUUUAUCAAGCCAGCCAGACUGAGGGAUUGAAUCUCUAUUAGCUUAAUCUCCCCCGUUUUGGUUUAUUUAUUUCUCUACACAUUCCCUCAUUUCUAUUCCAGGGGAGAAAGCAUCGGGUCUUCUCCCUCUUUUUCUCCUACACCUGCAAGAAACUGUGUUUUUCUGCUGGGACGCCCCAGUGGUUUUGACUUGUUAAGGCUGCCUGUUAGGGUUCAGUAGACACCUCUGGAAGCAAGAUUUUGUUAGCAUGUCGAAGAGAGAUUUGCUUUCAUAUUGUCUGUGUUAACAAGUGAGAGGUGAGUGGCGAAUAUCUGAGUACGAGUGCUGAGCCCCAAAUGGAUUUAGGUACCCUGUGUGUUUGCCUGCAUGUUCCCUGUUUAACAUUAAUGGCACGCAGGUUCAUCGUUGCAUUUUGUGCAUUUGGAUUUUACAAUGAAGACAUGAGAUCUUAAAGACCAGGGUACCAUUAGGUUCUGUAUGAUAAAACAUAGCCACACAUAUUUGACACACUCUUUGGUCAUAUCGUCACCCUAUCAUGGAAUGAUCCUUUCAACUAAGGAUUUAGGCGAUUUUACCAGAGAUGGCCAGCAUUAUCAAGAGAUGAUUUAGGCCAAAAACUCAUUUUCGUUAAAAAAUGACUUAGGCCAUUGUUUUAAUAGGGUGACGAUAUACUGUACUAACCAAACUGAAAGACGCAAAGAAAACCUUUUUCAAAGUUUAUCUGUUUUUUCAGGUCGGACUUUUCCGUGGUUGAGUUAUUGGAUAUCUUCACUCCUGUCUCUGCACCUGAUCUAAGUAAGCCCUCCCUUCAAGGGCCUAAAACUUCACAAUGUAGGCCAGCCCCUGCUGCACACAAACCAAUGGGCAGAACUUUGCGUACCCCCGUCGGGCCUUAUCCACAGCAUGCCCAGCAGGACCUGGAAGAAAGCCAAAUUCUGGAGGAUAUUUUCUUCAUAUGCUAACAAAGAAUCAGAAGAGGAUCCAGUCACUGACUUUUUCAUUGUCUCACAGUGAAUUUGAUAAUGAUGUGAAUGAUCAUUAUCUAAAUGAGAAUGAUCAUGUUGUUGAUGUUAACUGUGUUCUUGUUUUUCUGUGGUUUUAAUUCAAUUAAACAAAUAUUUAUUCAGCUUUGUGAUGCUUCUGGUUUGUAAUGGAUAUCUCAUUCGGUCACGGUAGCAUUAAUGUUGACUUACUUUUUUAGUGAGUAAGUGUUUGAAUAAUAUCACUCAAAUCAUUUAUCAUCAAGUUGGCGGAAAAAUAGGUCUGUACUCACCGUUUAUGUCAGGAGAAUAUGUUAAUGGAUGAAAACAAACACAAAUCAGGAGAUACAUGUCAAUCAUUGUAAACCGAUGAACAAUCAGUAAUUAUGACAGGAGACGGAGUGCUUUAUUCUAGACUGUGCUUUAAUAUUGGGCUAAGCUGAGACGCAUCAUUCAUUUAAAAUUACAAAAGAAGAGUUCAGGGACCAGAGAAUGGUGCAAUCUGGAGAGUUAGGGGUGGGAGCCUAAAGCGCGUUGCCCAAUCCGAAGCUGAGCUCAUCAGGAACCUGGCAAAGCUUAAUAUGCAACAUUCAUUUCCCCACCCAUAUGUGCUGAAACUGGGAAAGAGAUUUCCAGAAUACUUUGAAAACCAUAUGAAGUAAAAUGUGAGUCUGGCAACUCUACCAAGUUUAAGAAAGAAAGAUCACUAACAACAGCACCGAAAAAAAUAGUAAUCACUACUUUUGGUGACAUAGUGCAGUUUUCAUUGAAUUUUGCUCUUGGUAGAACACAUCAGUUGAACAAGAUCAGAGCUCUGAAAGAAAAAAAAACAGGAUGAGAAAAAACAAAGUGUGUUAAAGUUCUAAAAGUCAAAACCAGAUUUUCUAAUCUGUUUGGCAAAUCACAAGACAAUCCUUCCAAAUCAGCAGUACAUCAGUGUGACCUCAAAGCAUACGUUUUUAUCAUCAAUACAUAUGAAUCUGUUUGAACUAUGAAUUUAUCUUCCCCUUUAUCUUAAUAUUUCAAAAUGUCACUGAAAAUAAAGAAUGCUCCAAUGGCAUCGCUUUUACGCUGCUAACUUUUGGAACCGAGGAAAUUGAGUUUAAAACUACAAAUAUACAUAAGGCUUUAGUAUUUUACUGCAUUGUUUUCAAGUGUUUCUCAGCAACAAGAAAAUGUAAGUUGUAAAAUCAGUUCCCUGUCUUUAUGUGAUGUAGUGAUAUGAAGUAACACUUCACAAGCAAACAGAUCAGUGGCAACAAUAGAGCUCGGAUCUUGAAUCAAACAGCAUGAAUAAAUUAAUACAGAAAUAAAUAAAUAUUUAAACAAACAUAAAUAAAUGAUUAAAAUCUGUCUUUGACAUCACUUGGUCAAUAGGAGCAUUUUUUUUUCUCCCUCAUCAAAGAAGUGCUGAAGGCAUGGUCCUGCAGACAGGAACAAUGAUCAUCUGUGGACCACAACAGUGGCCCAUGCAUGUCAUAUAAAAACUAUUUGGUCACGUACCAACUCAUAGAAAAAUAAUGCCAUGAAAGCAUGCAUAUUAUCUCAGACAUGACUAAUAAAUAAAUAUCUAAACAAAUCGAUAAAUGAAUAGAACCCAUCAAAGUAUUAUUUUGUUUUAUAAAAUAGGUCAAUGUGUGUCUAAGCUCUAACUGAGGUCAAUGCUCUCCCUGACUGUAUUCUGGAUAAAUGCCUUGGUCAGGUCCUACAGUUUGUACCGUAUCCUAGCAACUAUUUUUUUGUACCUGGUUUUAUUGAGCAUUAUCAUGUUUUCAUUCAUAUAUUUUUUUAAAGUAUUUAAAGUACUUUAUCCAGUCCUUGUAGAUAGAAGUAAAAGUCCUAUAAAAUAUGCAAACCUAUGUACAGGGAAAAACAGAGCAAAAAAAAAAAGAAACAUUUACAGUAUAUUCAUUGGUUUAUGUAUAUAUUUAUAUAUUUAUAUUUAUAUUUAUAUUCAAACUUCUGCUCUGUUUCUUGCUGUUUUUGAACCAUUUUUCAUUGUUUUACUUUUCUCUUGUAAACUUGCAGCUUUAAGUUGGAGCGAAUGAAAAAAGAGGUGCAUUCUAGUUCCUGUGGUGGUCGUUCGGCUUCCCUUCCUUAUUUCACUUGACAUGAAAACAUGGGCAGGGUGAAAGACAUGAGUGAUUGCCCAGACAAACCAUUAGAAAAGCACAGACCGUGGCGACACCUUUUUCAAUUUUCUCAGAGCGGCGGGAGGGGGGAGUCAAAGAGGGCACACAGUGCAGAAAUCAGGGACACCAGACAUAUGACAUUUAACUUCAGAUGGUAUUGUUAGCUCACAGACAGCUCAGGUGGAUGUACUAACCAACCUCGGACACUGUUAGAGCAUGGUGGUCAUCUGGUUUGCACUGUACACAGUGCUCAGGGCACUGUUUUAUGGCACACACAUAAACAGCUGCGUCCUGGGAUGUGCCGUGCCGUCUUUUAGCCUCACUGGAUUUGGAAGGUAAAUGUUAAAUUAUUCAAUCUGCUAAAAAGGUUAGACACAGACGCUAGGGAAACGGCAUAAUGAGCAGUUUAUAGGAAAAACCAGUAACAGCACCCAACAGGAAGCAUUGUCUUCCAAAGUGUCAUAUAGCCUUAUAAAUAUUCAUUUACAUAAAUAUUCAUUGAGUAAUCUCCAGCAGCUGAAAAUGUGUUGAAUGCAGAGUCCAAUAAAUCCAAGUCUGUUGACCUUUUGCAGGUGUAUAGUAGGUGUUCAUACCUUUUUUGUGUCCGAUGUUCUGAGAAACUGUAUGCUAAAGCAAUAUGAAACCAGCCUCAGUGGUGGAGCUGCUGUAAUGGAUAAAUGGCUUUUCACACUUAUUGCUUCAUUUUACAGUUUCAUUUUGCCUUUAUGUGUAUACUUAAUUGUAUGAGCACAUUUAACAUAAGGCAAUAUAACAUCUUCGAGAGGCUAUGCUUCAUGUCGACUAUUACCAGCAGAGAUUCACAUAUUAACUGUGAAAUGGGAAAGUACAUAAAACCUUCCUUAUUCAACUCAAUGGGAAGCCAGCUCUCUAAUUAUAUCAUAUUCAUCAAUAUUUCAUCUCUUUUAGAAGCAUUAAAACCUAAUGUCAGGUCCAGUUAGCUCAAUAAGUUCUCUCAGCGAUCUGCGCCAUGUCAGCCUCGAACUUUACCCCAGUUUGACUCCAACCAGUGGAACAUAGCCACAGGUGCCCUGCACACAGCUUUGAUAGUUAGUACCUGUGCUUACAGGUUACCUAAUGCCCGCUUUUAUCUGUGGUGUGAUCACAUGUGUCUACAUUAUAUCUAAAUGCAUUUUUUAAAGACAUUGAUGGACCAGCAGAGGUCUGACGGGUUGUUAUACUGGACAUGCACUGAAGCUCUCUACAUGGCUGAGAAAUGAUAUGAUGGUCUGGCUGUAGUUUUGACAUCAUAAUAGCGCGUUGGCUGCUUGCGGAAGUGUGUUUUCACUUUUUUUUUUCUUUGUUUUCUGAGAGCACAGUGCUGGAUGGCAGAUUCUGCAGGUGACAAGGCACACCUUGACAUGGUGACAGCCCAUACGCUACAUGCACUUUACUGAAUGCAAAAGAGAGCAAGGGUUGUGAGACAUAUUCAUUUUGGUUCAAGUUUCAAAGAGAAGUUUGUGUGUGUGUGUGUGUUUAUACGUGUGUGUGUGUAUGUGUGCGUGUAAGCUCAAAAGAUAUGUCUGGAAUAGAGUCGAAGAUAGUUGUCCUUUUUCUCUAAAAUCAUGUAGCCUGAUUCUCUUAAAGCCUGCUACUGAGAUGUGGCUUUUUGCAUUUUCAGUAAAUAUUUACACCAUAUGUGUAUUGUCACACAUGUAUCUUUUCGCAAUAUAGUGUGUGUCAGCAUAUAGGUAAUCAGAGAGGAAUGCCUGCAGUUUUGGGAGCUGCCAGAUUUGCGAUUCUUCCCAAGCAGAGCAAUGUUUCAAACUCCAGCUAAAAUCUACAAAAAAUUACAGCUCAACAUAGUCAGUAGCUGUCCUAUAUACAGACACACAUAUAUAAAAUAUGUGCAUAUAAAUACAUAUAUUUGUUCGUGAUUAAUAUCUAUUUAUCCAUAUAUACUGUAUAUAUGAAUACAUUUGCUUGAAUGCUUGUUAUACAUAUAUUUGUACUGCAAAUAUAAACAAGUUCAUAUAUUUCAAACGUUUCUGAUGUUAUUCUAUCUAUGAGGUUAGGAUGUCAAGUUAAAAAAGAUAAGGCUGUGAUACGGAGCAGCCCCUCCCAUGCACUCGCCAUCCCUCCCAAGACAAAAUGAGAAGAGGAAAAAAUAAACAUUUUUGAGUAAUUGUAAACUAGCGAAGUGAGAAGACCCCAUCUGGUCAUCUGAAAUAGUUUUGCCUGUAUUCAAAAAGCAUAUCAGCAAUAUAUAUGUACAUAUACAUGUGUUGUAUAUAUUCGAAAUGUACACUUCUUUUAAGUGCAACUCUUCAACCAGAUAACUCUGUCUGAAAGAGAUGCAGUGGUCCGAGUAUAUUAGAGCUACAAGUCCUCAGCAAUAAAAACGUUUGGUCUUUUGGUCCCUAAAACAACUAAGGAAUGACAGGUAAGACUCCCUGGAGACCGUUGCUAUGGCUCUCCUUGGCAACGGUGUCCCCUGGAAACGGACAGGCACUCCGAGCUAAAGAUGGCCGUCCCAAAUCGAAGCCAAUUUGUGUCCUGAAAAUAUCACAUUCCUUACUCAAGUUCUCUCUUUGAGAAUUUCUUGUCCCUUCUUGUUUCAAGUCGUAUAAAUUGGUCUUCAAACUUCAAUUGUCCAAAACUCAAACCGUCGUACAGAAAGAUCUCCUACGGCAAUCCUCUAGUCAGUUUUUAAAAAGUUUUGUUCGCGUCGGAUUUUUGACAUCCAUAUUCCCUUUAGGAGUUCAGUGGGGUUGGUCGUUGUAGUUGGUUUUGAUAAAGUUUCUUUUACUUUUUUUUUUUCUUAAUGUUCAAGUAAAAGUUUUUGUGGUCCAAAAAGGUAGCUGUCAUUCAAGCAGGAUUUUGUGGGGUAGGAGGAAAGAGUGUAUAUGUGUGCAGAAGAAAAAAGGGUCCUGGGGCUAACCAGGUUGGUACAAAUUCUCUCUGAGUUCCAAAGUUUAAGUACAUCCAAAGGAGGUGUCCUUGACUCGAUCAUCACUCUCUCUCACUCUCUCUCCUCUGUUUCUGAAGCAGCCUCGGUGGUCCAGAUGUUGAGUUUGCACUCAGUGGCGGGUAGCAAGAAGUCGACAUAUGAUUCAGCUCAACAAAACCUGCAACGCACAAAAGAGAGAGAGGAGUCAGGAGACAUGUAAGAAAACGAAACAAAAAGAUAGGUACGUGUCUCAUGCAUGUUAAAUGUUUUAUAAGCGUAUUUGGCUCUAUAGCUUAUAAUAUUAUUAGGUUUGAUUAUUUAAGACAUGUUGGCCAAUAUUUAAUCAUUCAUUAGGUUUUUAAGUUUAUUUCAUUGUCUUUCAAAGAUUUAGGUGUUAUUUUGGCUGUAGUGAAAUAUUCAUAAAAUUGAUAGACCGCCAUAAAUUCUUCUAGCCUUACAAAGAGUAAACACUUUGUGAUUGUGUUGAAAUAAUGUAGCAGUCUUUGGAGGAUAAAUCUCUUUGACUGUGUUUAUUUCUGACUUUUCAUCCUGUCCAGGUUGCAUGUCAGACUUUUCACUUUUUCUGAGAAAUAUCUCAACAAUUAUGAGUUGUUUUAAGACUGAAUUUUGUGUAGACAUUCAUAAGCUAGAUGAUUUAUCUUCGUUCACUUAGGAGAUCUGAUGAAUCUCCCUCUAGUGAGGCAAUUUAAUUAUAAUAAUAGUGAGUAAAUGUCAAAAACUAAGCAGUGUUUGCUAUGAAAUUUGGAUCAGGUCCAAUCGGGUCCACAGAAACCUGCUCAUAUCGUGGCUUUACUGUAGUCCAGUCUUUUAAAACAGGUAGCAUGGCUGUGAUGUUUCAAGCAUGUCAUUCUGAACUUUAAGAGGUUUUUUGUUUUUUUUUACUACUAAUGAGGGGAAAUCUAACAAUUGAUUGCUCUGUUGAAUUCACUGCUUUUUCUUGACAAUUCAACAGCAUGGCAAGUUUAAAAAAAAAACCACGUCAUUUAAAAGACUAAAUGAUGGUACAAAUACAACAAAAACAAAAGAGAGAAUUGAAGAGCUGCAUUUGUCUUAACACCCUCCCCUUUGUGUCCUCUUUUACUUUUGAUACUCAUCAAACAAACUCACUGAAUGAAUGGAGCACCUUUCUCUCGAGGCUCUCUCCUCUGAUAAUAUACCAGAGCUUAUCCUGCAGUGAAUUAAUUUAGAUACUGUUGCAAUCCUCUAUGUGAUAAACAGUCAAAAUUAGGUUUUUUUGUUCAAUCAAACUGUUUUUAUCUUGUUUUUAAAUGUUGAAAGCAUUUCAAUCAACACACACCACAUCCUUAUUGAUAACAUUUGAGUGUUGUAACACGGUGGAUGCAGUCGCACAAAGGAAAACAUUCUUGUUUGUCACCCUAAGUUUUAUACACAGUAACAGCUGCAAAUUGGAGGGAAAUAGAAAGGGAAAUAGAAAAGAUGUUUUGUGUUCUGUUGAACGUUUUUUUUUAUCCAUCAAAAGCAAUGGUGCCACAUAUUACGUGACACAUUCAUAUGAGAUUGCACUAUUCUUCCUGCAGUGAUUUGCCUCGGGACAGCGUCUCAUAUGGUUCGGUUAGUUUGUGAGUGGGUGAUAAGUUGCCCUUGAAUGAAGUCAUCAGUGGUGAAUGAACAACGCAGCCUAAACUCUCCAUCACACAGAUGAAGGGGGGAGACAAAGAGGAACAGCACAAUUACCCGCCCGAGGGGUAAUAAAUGCCUCUCCCUUGGAAGCAAUUCCUUCCCUGUGUAACACACUGAAGCAUUUACCAAUUAUCUUUUACCUACAGGGUAACAUACAGGGUCACUUACUGUAAAGCUGUUCUACAAAUAGAGCAGGCGACAUGUAAGUAAAUGCUCCAACUGCUUUGUUUGUUUCUUUUCUACCAGCUACUAUAACUGAAUAUAAUAUUUAUAUUGUGUUGCACGGCAGAGGGCAUAGAAUUUAACAAUGCAGUAAUAAUAAUAACUCAAUAAAUCACAGUUUUUAUUUUUAAUUCACUGUCAGUCAUCAAACUCUAGAGCUUACUCAAAGUGAUUCAUAAUUUGUGCCGGGAUUAACAUUUACAAAUGCGUACUUGAACUAUCAACAAAGAGGGUAAAACUUCAUCACUAUUCUUUACAAGCAAUUUGCAGAUGAUCAGCUUAUUAUUAGGCAUCUGCAAAUGUUUUAUGACAUUUAUAAAAGGUUACUGAAACGACAUCAGGCGGCGCCAUAAAUGGACUUGCCAUUUGAGCAUUUGUCGAUAUAGUAUGCAGUGGUUGUGCGUGCAUUGGCUCAGUUAAUCACCAGUCAAGCUAAAGUGACAACAAAUGUUUUCCAG